AUGGAAAAGUCAAGUUCGUGUUAUGUUCUCAGGCUUGCAGCACAAAGACGGAAGCCGAAAAAGGAGACUGCUCAGUAUUAUUGGCAGACUUUGAUCCUUGGUGGCAAAGAAGACUUGCAAGAAGCCGUACCUUGGACAGCAUACAAUGAGCUCGAUGCUGCUCCGCGGAAGCUGCUAGAGAAUCGGGGCAAAGUGAAAUCGAAAGCGAGCAUGGAGUUGUCCAGCAUUCCUGGUGGGUCUCCCGGGACAAUACUCGAGAUUAUCAACUUUCUCCAAGACAACACCACAGGUGCGGCACGCUUGCUGAGAGCAGUGGGGUUUCUAAGAGAAAGGAAGUGGUUUUCCACAGCUUGUGCAACCAUAGGCUUCACAGGUCCUGGAGUAAGCGUGGGCGACAUAGUGUUCGUCUUCAACGGUUCGCCAACGCCGCAUGUCAUACGAAGAGGUCCUGACCAGGACAAGGAGGUAUACACAUUCAUCGGCGACGCAAAUGUGUACGGACUUGUGAGUGGCGAAGUUGAUGAGAUGGACCUUCAAGAUACGGAGAUCGUGAUGGUGUAG